UACUUGUCAAAUUAAAAAUAAUUUCUUUUCGCAUACUCAUUUUUUAUUCUUUAUCUUUUAUAAUCCUAUAUAAAUUAUAUUUGAUGAUUGAAUGUAUCACUAUUAAAAAUUAAUAAAGUUUAAGCUACAGGCUAAGCUUUAUUAAAGCCAUGAAUUCGCCAACACUUACUGCAUCGCCAAAAUUUAAAAAUUUGAAAUGCAAUCUUACAAAACGUUCGCCCAUAGAAUUGAAAGAGAAAAUGAGAAAGAAUUAUAGAGACAAAAUACAAAAUUGCCGCAACAUGCUAUUGACUAAGUUCCGUGGUGUACAUAUACAUACUGAAAUUCAGGACACUUUAGAUAACAUUUAUAAAACUAUGUUCAAUUUUUCGGACACACAUACAAUUGAAGAUGAAGAAAUUGAAGUUCAUGAAGAAGUGAAAAAAGAAUUGAUUCAAGAAGAAUUCCAAUGGCUGUUGGAAGAAUAUGAGAAGGCACAAGCUGAUACUGUGGACUGGUCCUUAGAACAGGAAAACAAUGAUCUGAUUUGUCCAGUAUGUCAAAAGUUCAACUGUACUCUACAGAAUAAAAUUCUGGCAUGUUCAAACUGUCAAAGUACCAUUAAAACAGAGAAAUCUCUUGAGCAAAUAAAAUAUCAAAUCUUCAAUAUGCUAGAAAAUCAUAGUACAGCAUGCAGUAAUGAAUUUCAAUUUACUUUAGUUCCUGAUUUAAAUGAAUCUCAUAAUAUUUAUCUUAUUUGUGAUAAUUGUAUGGAAAUGCAAAUGGUAGUAUAAUUCUAGAAAUUAUUUAUGAAUAUCUAGCUGCUAAUGUUCAUAAAAUAAUGUGUGUGUGUGUUACUUAAUUGUUAAUUUAACUUAAUAUAGUUAAUUUUGCAUAGCAGAAGAUUACAUUACAAAAUUAAUAAUAUCUGGAUUAAGAUUUAAAUUAUAAAUGUUUGAAAGUUUUACUGUUCAUGUAACGUUAUAUUUCUGUAAACAUUACUUAUUGAUAAAAAAUGUGUAUUAGGUAAAAAGUAGUAAACAAAUGAUUGAAAUUAUUAUAGACAGAUUAUGAGCACUAUACUACAAAUUAUUGCAUUAUGGUUGUAACUAUUUGUAGUAUUUUAGUCACAUAACACUCUGUGUCAAACUGUACACAAUUGCAGAUUAACAUGACUGUGAUGUUGAUUUUAAUGUUAAGCCAAACUCUGUACAAAAAUAUCUGCACUGUACCAAUAAAUAAUAUAAUAAUUUAUUUUUUAUUCCUUUUCCCUAUAGUGCAUAUUAUAGAGGUACAACCAAUUGCAAUAUAAUAAAUCUAGAUAAUAGUAGGUGCCAUAUUAAUUCAUAGCUUUAUCUGUUGUCGUUUAUAAAUAAGAAAUAUACAAAGUCAGCAACUUACAUUUAUGUAAAAUAUAAAUGGUAGGAACACCAUUUAUGUUUUACAUAAGUCAAAUGCAUGUAUGUAGUAAAAACCUACAAAUUCGUGCCAAAUGUUCGUGUUUUUCCCUCUAUAGUUUUCACACUCGAACUCUUACCAGCUACCACCAAUGAGUUAUGCUAUAUAUUAAAAGAAACGGCUUCAAAAUCCGUUUCGUAAAUUUAAAGAUUUAAGCAUACAUAGGGACAGACAGCGACAGCGACUUUAUUUUAUACUAUGUAAUGAUAAUUAUGCCUACUAGUAAAUUAAAUAGAAAGUAUAGCUUUUAUUAUAAAGGCUGUACAUUCCUGUUGUGUUUGAAUAUGCACUUUACUGUUAUUUAUUUAUAAUGAUCUCGUUUGUAGGGGACACAUGAGGAAUAAAUACUGUGAAUUGAAACUCCAGUAUACAAAAUAAAAAAUGACCUUUUAAUUCAAUUCAUCAAGCAUGGUAACAAGGUACAUAAUAUAUGUAAAUUUAUUAUUUUGUCUGUGCAGACGAGGGACAGUCCUCGAGGUAAUUUUAAAGCGGACUUUUUAUUAUUUCUAGAAUAUACGCGAUACAUAUUUUAGUCCGUAUCUGUUCGAGUAAGAAAUAUAAAUAGAAAACAAUACGACACACUAUGGUAGACUGGAAUUAUUGUAUACCAGCCUGAGAUGUACAAAGCAAUGAAAGUCCAAAUUAUAUAACACUAUACUACACACUACCGCACAAAGUAAAGUCACAAGCAUAUGUAAACACGUUGGUACAUUGUCACAGUGGCAAUAAUGAUACUACAAAGUUUUUACAUAUUAAGUAGCAAUAUUUUUAAAUAAGGUACGAAACAUCUUUACAUACCAUUAUUAUUAUAUGUAUUACUCCCCUGACUGUACAAUCCAUGCUCUAAUUUGCCAUGUACUUAUUCUACAUAAAUAGCAACUAACUAGAAAAACAUAAAUUACUAAUAGUGUAACUGUUGUCAAUCCAAAGGAUUUCUAUAGUGGAUAUCAAUGGCGAAAAGUUGUGAUGCUCUUCAAUAGGUUAAAUAGUGGGUUAUCAUAUUGAAUCAGUCGCAAGGCACCCGAAAAUGAGCAAUAACGGGGUACUACUUAACUUCAAUCUAUUCUCUAAUGAACAUGAUGUCUCACAUCUACCAUUAGUUUCUAUUCGUGUAUGAUACUCAUUCAAAUAGUGUAAGUAGAUAUUUUCAUAAUUUUUCUUCCAUCAUAUAUCAGAGUUAUUAUUGGUUUAAUUGCCGAGUAAUAAUAAUUAUUAAUAGCCAUUUCAAUUCAUCCUCAGGAUGUCGUAACAUAGGACUAGAGGAAGAAGCACAUCACACCACUGCAAGAGUAGAAAAUCAAAAACACAACCCAUAUCAGACUGCUUUGACCAGCGUUGUAAACUAAGCCCUCUUAUAGUGAGUGGAUUUAAUGGGUUGUUAUGGUGUAUUAGUGAGCGUUAUAAAUUAUAAUUCUAAGUAUAUAAUUAUGGUAAAUUUAUCCUAAUUCGUGCUCUAAUGCGACGGGCAGCUAAAGUACUUCGAGGACUAACCCUCGUCUGCGCAGGCCCUUAUAGUCGGGGUUAGAACAUUUUCUGUUACUGCGAUUAAUCCUACAAAAGAUUAGACUAAACGGUAACUCGUAUAAAAUGUACAUUAGUUAUACGUAAGCAGUAUAAAAUAGUUUCAUAUUUCACAGACAUUCAUUUGAGAAAACUUUUAUGUAGGUUUUAUAUGUAAUUGCCAAUGACAAUUAUACCAUUACUCAGUCGAUUAAGUAUUUGUAUCUGUAUUUCAGAAAAGAAAACUACAACAAUGUCUUAAAUAAUAAUAAAGAAGACAAAUCAUUCCGUCGUAAUGAUUAUAAUUAUUUUAAAUUUAUUACAAUAUAUAUUGAUGUCUCAUAUUCCUUAAUCCUGGCCACAAAUUGAUAUAUCCGUGUAAAUUAUUGCCUUUAAUCAUACAUUUAUCAAUAGCAUCAUCUA